AUGCCUCAACACAACCCGAAGCAGAAGAGACCUAAGGCCGAGUACGAUUUGAUGCUCGUCAAGAGACGAAGAUUUCGUCCGGCAAAGGCUUGCUACCCAUGCAGGCGGCGCAAAGUCAAAUGCAAUCUCAGUCGGCCCUGCGAGAGCUGCAACAUCCGUGGACACCCGUAUCUGUGCGAUUAUACCACGCCUCUGCAAGCAAAUGCCCCAGAUAAAGCCAGCAAUGCCUCGGGGGCAAGCAAAUUGCAUCUCGCAAGCGAUCACGAAGAGGCGGUCACCACUCCAGCGGUGGACGCCUCCAUAGGCCUUUACGUGGACCCCGUUGCGCCGUAUGACACAAAAUUGCACCUGGGUCCGGAUUCACUUCCCAGCCUUUUGGCAAAAUAUGAGAGGCUCAACUCUCACCAACAGCACCAGGAACGGAAUUCCUGGCAGGGAGUUGCCUUCAAGCCGCCAACGAACCCGCAAACCAUCUUCGAAUUGCUUUGCCUACAAGAUUCUAGUACUGUGUCGCCAUUCACCAAUCUAUGGAAGCCUGAAGACGGCCCCGAAGUCGUUUAUAAUGCGCUUCCAGAGGAUGAAUCUUUGAGAGGCUAUGUUCGCUUCUUCCAAAAUUCACUCUUACGUAUUUUGCCAUUCGCCAUUGACUUCACUCAAUUCGAAACUGCCCUUGCCGAGUUCCUUGAAAAGCGCUCAAAGCAUCCCGCAGAAGCUCUUCAGAAUCCUCCAUCUGCUUGUACACUGACUUGGUUUGGACUCUUAUUCGGCAUUCUUGCAUGCGGCGCACAACUUGGGUCUGAUCAGGAAUCUGAGUUGAUCAAGGCUCGUGUUUUUGGUGAGAGUCCCGCAACCAUCUUCUGUCCUUGA